GCUGUGGCCGGGGGAUGUGUGUGUGAUUUUGGGGCAGGCAGAGUAAUGGCUGUAGCUCGAACAGCUUUAUUUAGUGGGCAGUUUUCAGUAUUGGCGGUGUGGAAGUGGAGAACAGCGGCUCUGUGAGCGGUCUGUGUAUCUUUCAGCGCGUUAGACAGUUUUCAUUAGUCUGGAGGACUGCAGCAGGGGAGAAUGAGUGGAGCUGCGCUGGGAAUAGAGAUAGUCGUGGUCUUUUUCCUGGCUUUGUUCCUGCUGCAUCGUUAUGGAGACUUCAAAAAGCAGCAGCGCAUGGUGCUCUUUGGCACACUGCUGGCCUGGUAUUUGUGCUUUCUCAUUGUCUUCAUUCUCCCGCUGGACGUCAGCACGACAAUAUACAAACAGUGCGUGAUUGAUCAUGAGGAACAUGCUCAGUCACCAUCUGUGGGCCCAGGAAUCUCCAACCAGACAACAGGAAAUGCGACUGUCACGCCCACUGCUAGCAUUCCGAAGGCUUGUUACAAACCAUGGAGCUACAUUCCCAAUGGGAUCAUGCCUGUGUUCUGGAGGGUUGUGUACUGGACCUCACAGUGUCUUACAUGGCUUCUCUUACCUUUCAUGCAAUCAUACGCUCGCUCGGGAGGCUUCUCCAUCACAGGGAAAAUAAAGACGGCUCUCAUUGAGAACGCCAUUUACUACGGCACGUACCUGUUUAUCUUUGGCUCUCUGCUCAUCUAUGUGGCUGUUCAUCCUCAGUGGCAUCUCUCCUGGUAUGAACUGCAGACCAUAGGCAUCACAGCAGCCAACACUUGGGGUCUGUUCCUGCUUGUGCUGCUGAUGGGGUAUGGCUUGGUGGAAAUUCCACGCUCUUAUUGGGAAGCCUCUCGCCAGGGACACCUGCUUAUCAAAACCUACUUUAAAGCUGCGAAGCUGAUGACGGAGAAAGCAGAUGCAGAGGAGAACCUGGAGGAUGUCAUGGAGGAAGUGAGAAAGGUCAAUGAAUCCAUCAAGUAUAACCAUCCUUUCAGGAAAUAUAUUGACACGAUCCUUAGGAAGUGCCCUGUUGAGUACCAAGAGAAGAUGGGAAGAAAUGUGGAUGACUAUGAAGAUUUUGAUGACAAACAGAACACGUAUCCCAGUGAAAGGAGCCUAGUAAAACUUCACAAGCAGGUUAUAUAUGCUGUCCAGAGGCAUAAUCGUACACGUGUGCAGUGGCAGAUUCUUCUCGACCAAGCCUUCCACUUGGAGGACGUUGCUAAGAACGAGACCAGCUCAUCUCGCCAGUUUGUCCAUAGCUUUGCUCCCACUGAGCCUCCAAACUGGUUCAGCCGCUACAUCUACACUCCUACUGUUGAGUGGUAUUGGGAGUGCUUGCUGAAGCAGUGGUUUUACCGUGUGCUGUCUGUGGUUCUGUCGCUCUUCUCUGUGGCUGUGGUUUGGUCUGAGUGCACCUUCUUCAGCACCCGUCCCGUUCUCUCGCUCUUUGCUGUUUUCAUCCAGCUCGCAGAAAGAGAUUACAACUAUCUGUACAUUGAGAUGGCUUGUUUCAUCACGAUCUUCUUCCUGUGCACUUGUGUGUACUCCACUGUGUUUCGCAUCCGUGUCUUCAACUACUACUACUUGGCCUCCCACCACCAAACCGAUGCUUACAGUCUGCAGUUCAGCGGCAUGCUUUUCUGCCGCUUGACUCCUCCCCUCUGCCUGAACUUCCUGGGACUGAUCCACAUGGACUCCGCUAUCUCUCACCAGGCGAAGGAGCAGACUGCAUACACUUCGAUCAUGGGUUCCAUGCGGGUUCUCUCAUUUAUUGCUAAUGGCUUCUACAUCUACUACCCCAUGCUGAUAGUCAUUCUUUGCAUCGCUACGUACUUCAGCCUUGGAACUCGCUGCCUGAACCUCCUGGGCUUCCAGCAGUUUAUGGGAGAUAAUGAACUGACAUCUGACCUGAUUGAUGAAGGCAGAGAGUUACUUCGCAGAGAGAGAAGAAAACGACAGAGGAUAGAGGAUGGGGAGAACAGAAGACGGGAAUGGAGAGAGCGCUAUGGGCAGAGAGACGAGGCAGCAGCCAGGAACAGAGCAUCCAUCUCUGAGAUGAAGGAAACCAAUUACGCUGAAACCCUGAACUCCAACACAAACAGACAAGCUAAAUACUCCCGCAGUGGCAGCCAGUCAGGGAGGGAUUGCAUUGAGCUCCUACAGGAUGCUGAGCCCCUGGACUUUAAUUCAGAAACUAUCACUGAAGACCCCUUGGAAUCAACCACCAACAGACAUGCCGGUGGGAGAUACCUGUCCAUGUCCUCCUCACAGAGCCGAAUCUUCGAUGAUGUGUGAGAGACGUGUAAAGAGAAGAGAAAUAGAGAGGUGACAUACAUGUGUGAACAUGUGUGUAUGUAUCUGUAUAUAUAAUCAGUCGAAGGAGUGAUUUUGGAACGUGGUUCUUUGGUUCCUGAUGAAUGUAGAACGUUACUGUAUUGUCAGAAAGCACAGCAGGUAUGGGGCAUUUCCACGGCAGUCGUGUUUCAUUGUGAGAUCAAUCCCUGAAGAAGAUGUACCUGAUACCCCAUGCUGUUGCACGCACACAGCACACCGGUACACACAUGCUUGUACAAAGAAAUUCUCAAGUGCCAGGUGGGCGGUUUGUUGCAUAAAAAAGAAUGAUUUUUUUUUUUUUGUUUUGUUUCGUUAUGCCUUCACAGUAGCUUAAAUUCAGGUAUGAAAGGAAAGUUGGUUACUGUAUAAACCUAAAUGGCUUGAACAUGAAAUGAGGCCCAUUAAAUGGUUAAAUAUUUACAGAAAAGUACGGAAAACUACGCUACGCUGCGUUCUUUAUUUUUAUUUAUUUACUACUGAAGUUGAGUGUGUUGACCAUGGAAUAUGAUUCCUGCCAUUAUUUCAAGAUUAUUUAUAAAUCAAUGGAAAUUAUUAAAAACUAAUAUACAGACAGUGUUUUGUGAGAGUCAGAAAGAGCAAACAUUCAUAUUACAGUUUGGUAAUAUGAAUAUAAAGGAGAUACAGUCGUUCAGGGAAGUGAAAAGCUGCGAAAGGUGAAGUUUGUUUUAAUAUUUUACCCAGACACUCUUUAAAAUAAAGGUACUUCAAGUGGUUCUUUAUUUAUUUUUUUCCAAAACUUAUCCAGGUCUGAAAAAGGCUAUUUUUAGAUUUAGUUUUGUGUGACUGUACAAACUCUGUUUAAAUGCUCUAAAUAAAUAAAAUAUAAAUAAAAUAAAAUGUCUGUAUUUAACACCGUGUUACCUCACUUAAUAUUGAAGUCAACAAAAUGAUUGACAUCGUGUUGGUAAUGAUAAGUUGAUAAUGUGAUUAUCAUGAUAGGCCUACUCUUUACAGGACUGAAAACGGUUGACUUCAAUCAUUUUGUUGACCUCAGUAUUAAGUGAUGUAACUGUUUAAUAUAAGAAGUUUUAUUUUAUUUAUGUUUUGUGUAUUUAGAACACUAAAUAUAGUUUGUACAGUCACAAAUAAAUGACUUAGAAAAUAGCCUUUUCCAGACCUUGAUAAGUUUUGGCAAAUUAAAAAUAGCCAGAAAGCUUUUAAAAAGUCAUGGAAAUUUGCUUAACAUUUAUCAGCUAAGCUAUUUUUCUUUUUUAUUUAACAUUUAAUAUUUGGGCAAAUUAAUCACGUCACUUCGCAUUAAUGAGCUGGCUGCUUCGGGUCCUAAUCUGACUGGAGAUUCAACUUUACUAUAACAGUACAUUUGCACAGUGAGAGGCAAAUGCUGAUUUAAGGCUGUGUCUGUCUGAUUCAGACAAAAGUAUGAGGCAUAGAUGCACGGACCUGAACUGAUAAUUAUGCAGAAAUGUUAUGCAGCUAGUAAAAUGUGAGAGAUUUCUACACCAUAGAAAUCCCAGUCUACAUGUUCCCCAACAGCCAGAUACCUCCCAAAUACUUUUAUUUAAAAAAGUUUCAGACUUAAUAUUCUGUCAUGUUGUUUGAUGAAAGUAUGAACCACUAUCUACAGGUUAAAUAUUAGAAAUGCUCAUCAGUGUAUAGAAUGAGCCUGAGCUGAUGCUCUACACCAUGGACACCACUAGGGGUUCUGUACUGUACGGUCAGUAAAUCUGCGCUGUGAUAUCAGUUGGAAAAAGCGCUAUACAAAUAAAUUCAAUUGAUUUGAUCAAUUGAAAAUGUAUGAGACUUUUAAAUAGUUCUACACACUAAAACAUCUCUACUAAAAAUGCUGUUCUUUUUUAUGGCGUCACUCAAAGAACCAUUUAAAGCACCUUUAUAUUUAAGACUGUACGAAAGCUGCAGGCUGCACAGAUGUACAUAUAUAUGCACUGUAACUAAAUCUAAUAUUUAUUCCAAUUCCAUUCCAGCUAGUCUAAGAAAACAUGUGCUGUUUUAUGUGUGUGUGUUUUUGUACAUACAAUUGGCUUUGUGGUGGGAGGGUAAUGGUUUGUGUUCUGCUCUCAAAAUGAACUUUGCCAGGUGCAGAGUUAAAAAAAAAAAAAAAACGCUCUAAUCACACAUUGCUAUACUACUGUUUUCUAUUUCUGUCACCCUCAAUCACACAGAGAUCUAUUCAUCUAUUUAUUAUUUAUUAAAUGAAAGAAAUGGGUGUUUUAUUGUCAGUGUUUGUCACAAAGUCUUAUGGAUGGAUGGAUGCAGUGGGUUUGGUACAGCUACAAACUGUGUCUCACAUGUUGGUUGUUUUUGUGUGUGCUGCUCUCGGGACAGUGUUUUUUUUAUUUUUGGUCUGAAGAUGGGUUGCAUUAGAAAGAAGGAAUGAUGAUAUUACAUGCCAUUUAUUUAUUUGCAAUGAAAAUACUUAUGCAUUAUUAAAAGCGCAUUUCAGACUACUACAACCAGGGCAGGGCGAUAUGACCAAAAUUUAUAUCAAGCUAUAUUAUCUUUAUUUUGGUCAAUACAAUAUAAUAUUUAUAUGGAUAUGAACAUAUAAAAAGCCAUCAUCUGUGGUGUACAUAAUAUCCCAUUGAUAGAGCUGGGCGAUAUAGUAAAAAUAUUAAAUCAUAAUAAUUAAAGAUAUUAUGUAAUAAUCUUCAAAUAUUUAGUUAUCAAAAAAUUUUGACACAGACAAAAUGCAUCAGAAGUAGAGGUGUGACGAGAGCUUGUGCUACAAGAUCUUACAAGAUUAAAAUGGCACAGGAUUCAGUAUUUCGCAUUAGGACUUAUUCACAGGUUACCAAAACAAAUGUUUGUGUGUGCAUGCUGUUUGCUGCUUGAUUUUAACAUGUUUUACAGAGCAAUGUGGAAUCGCAGAAACAUGCAGCAGCAACUCUUUAGGUUGCCAGGUCUGUAUAUAACCCUCAAGAGGGUUGCCAGUUAAAUAUAGAACCCUUCCUAUGGGAAUUUGGGCAGUUGUUCCAAGGUCUUUAGAGUCUCAUAUAAGAUCAUACAGGAGAGAAGUUGUUGGGUUUUAUGGUAAAACUGGCUACAGUACUUAAAUACUGUUCUGUGUUUUACUGCAUGUGAUAAAUCAUAUCUAAUUGAUAAUCAGAGUAAAAUCAAUAUCUGAUCAAUAUUAAUUACAAGAUGAUUACAUAGAAAAUAUUGAACCAUUCACCUGCAGUUUUGCAUUUUGAGUUUUAGUAAGAAAAAACAAAAUCAACUAUAUUUCAUUAUUUUUUCAACUUUAAAAUAAAAAAAUAUAUAUUGUUAAAAUUCCUGUGAACCCAAUAUCAUGUCUUAUCUCUUGAGAAGAAUGUUUAAGUUAUUUAAAUACUCUCUCAUGCUUAGUACAGUAUUUUUCUAUUUCAUUUUUUGCUGCACAUAAUUAAACAGGAUUUGUACAGUCUCUGUAAUGAAAUGUGUAGCUGGGUCAAUGUCAUUUAAUCACUGAUGCUAUCCUUAAUAUACUUUUUAAAUCAUAUUGUCAUUACAAAAAGACAAUGUACUGUCACAAUGCGAUAAAAUAGAAUCAUGUUGCCCAGCUCUAAUUAACAACACAGUUACAGAAACAAGCAUUAAUAUAUCAGAGCUCAUUUUUAUAAUGAAAUAAGGCAGGAAAGUUUACAGCAUACACUGUAUUUAUGUAUCAGACUUCUGUAACUGCUGACAGAAGAAAGAUGUUUUGCCAGAAAGUCAUUCUAACAUUCACUUUUCUAAAACAGCGAUUUUCUGCAGGUUAGGCUGUAAAGACACUUACCAGAAUCCUAAGUGCAUGAAACACAUAACAACAGUAUAAGAGCAUCUCAGAAUUCCCUGGACGUGUAAAUAUCUCUGUUUCUUAAAUCACAUUAGAUGUAUAUUUGAUUUUCCCUUCUUUGUUGUGUCUGUCUAAAAUGCUAACUGCAAUGGUCCUGAUGAUUCUUUUUUAUACUAUUGUAAGAAAAUAGUGUAUCAAAUGUAAGACAAAAUCAUAGUACUGUCUUCUCCUGUGCUCUCUUUAUUUAGAUUGAACACUCAAAAAAAUAAAUUCACUGCAUAUUGAUGAAAAUAUUGUAGUUUUCUUACAAACAUAGGAUUGUGAUUUGAAACAGUAUGAAACAGUAAUGAAGACCACACACAUGCUGUUGAUGCUGGAUUGUUUUGUUACCUGGUGUUGAUCCUCAGUGUUAUAGUGGUACACUCCAUAGAAACUCUAUUAAUUAAUGUAAUCUGUAAUCCUGAAAUUGUCAAUAAAACUUGGAAUAAACCUUAA